AUGCUUGCUCUACUUCCAGAGCUCCAAAAUCACAACAAUGGCCAACAUUUGAGUCAUCAGAGAAAUCACCAUAGUCAUUCGAACGGUGAUCCUCUUCCAGAUUCUGAUUUAUUUGACGAGGACUUGCUAGAUUUUGAUGAGGAUCUAUGCAAUCAUGGUCACGAACUAUCGUACCAUCAUCAAAAAGAGGAAUAUCAUGGCUUGACAGCUUCCGACCAUCAUGAAGACAUUCUUGAAAUGCCUGAUGAUGAUACAUAUGACUAUAAUAAUUACAAUGAUGAUGACAUAUUUGACCACCAAGAAGAGAUGCCACUUGAUGACGGUAAACACGAUGUAGUGGACGAUGAGAUAUUGGACGACGAUGAGAUACUCGACGACGAUGAGAUAUUAGACGACGAUAUGUUAGGAGAGGACAUAAUGGACAAUCACAUCCUUGAUGAUCGUAUAUUAGACGAUAUACAUCACCACGACGACCAAGACUUGUUCCCAGAUGGCGAACAAGAGCUACAGCCAAUUGAUGCUCACGUUCCUGUAUUUGACGAUCCCAUGCUAGACGAUGAUACCGUCGAAGACGAUAUACUCGAAGGCGAAUAUCACGACGAAUUGUUUGAAGAAGAUAAUCGCAAACAAGUAAUCAAACGUGAAAUCAAACAUGAGGAAGGCGAACCUCAUGAACCACCUGAUUUCGACCCGCCACCUUUUGAAUUCGAUGAUGAUCAGGACGAUGAUGAUCUCUUCGAACAGGGUGGCAGGAUAUGGAACUUUGGUCAACCAGAGCCUGAAAUUGUUGAAGAGUUUCAUCGAGUUGAGCCACAACCACGAGAUGUGGUUUUGGAUCGUAGCCAAGACCUACUGGAUGAUGCUAAUUCAGAUCGCGGUCAAGGUCAACGACGUUACCUUGAAGUGGUGUCAAGAAACAAAAAGAAUCAGAUAUUGGAUCCUGCAACAGGCUUGUUGAGAACUCGUGUACGAGAUAUGCGCUGGAAGAGAAUCAAAGAAGGGAAACGUCCAUUUGAAAUCAUUGUUCGUGUGUUGGAAGUAGUAGUCAGAAUUCUCAGGGAUAACACCAAGUUGACCAAACGAGAUAUCUAUUAUCAACAUCCUCAAUUCUUUGGCAACCAGGCAUGUGUCGACUGUGCAAUAGAGGACAUUGCAUGUACUGCUCAAGUCCCUCGCUACUGUUUGAAUGUCGUUGCUGGAUCCAAAGGGCUGUUUGCUGGACCUCUUGAAAUCAUCUGUGCUGAUGGAAGAAUCAUAAGUGGUCUUGGUGGCACGGAUCAGGGAGUUCUGGCUCCUUCUGAAGACAAGAUUGCACGAGUCGUGAUGCCUCCUACUGUCGUUGCAGUUCUUGUUAUUGAAAAAGAAGGACCAUUUCGUACUCUUCUUCAAGCCGGCUUUGGCGACAAUACCCAACAGGGCCCAAACUAUGUUGUCUUGACUGGAAAAGGAUAUCCUGAUGUAGCCACUCGAGUGCUGCUUCAUCGUAUUGCGCAAACCUAUCCCGAUAUUCGUAUUCUGGGAUUGGUUGAUUGUGAUCCUCAUGGUUUACAAAUCUUGCUCACGUACAAGUACGGAUCUAUUAGUAUGGCAUUUGAUUCAGAGGGUAUGGCUGUACCUCGUAUCGAAUGGGUUGGAGUCUUUGCUUCAGACUUUGUCAAGUAUGGUGUCGACUUUAGCAGACUGCUAUCCCUAACAGCUAAUGAUCGCACCAAAAUACCGCAAUUACUUAAGAAAGAGUAUCUGGAAUAUCUGCCUCUGUAUAAGUAA